AUCUAACAGAAGAAGUGGCUGGUCGUUUGUGUCAAACUCUCUUCCACGAAUUUUAUCCAAAUAGGCAAGGAAAUUACUCUCUUCAAUAUGCAUUUCAUCUAUUUUGUCAUCAUCUUCUUCGUUCAACUGGACAACAUUCAAACUACAAAGGUGCAAACGGAAAAACAGAGUCGUUUGAUUUAUCAGUGAACGGAGAACAAAUGGGAAAUUUGUGGUUAUUAGCCGAAGUAGCCGCUAAAAGUGCCGAAAGCCGAAGUAGCAAUUGGAAGACAGACAGGGUUAAACUCAACAAACCAAGAAGAGAGUAUUGAACAAAAAGAUGUGAGUAAAAGUAAGAAAUGGGAGUCUAAUGAAUGUGGAAAGAAUGUAACAAAAAUGGAAGAACAUAUGAGGACUCAUACCGGUGAGAACCCUUACAGUUGUGACAGAUGUGGGAAAAGU